AUGCUUGACGGGCUGGAACAUCUGGGCAUCAGCCGCAUGGAACUUGGCCAGCCUCUCCCGCAACAUGUAACUAACGGAAAUUCGACUUGGGGAACUUUAAACUGUCCAACUUUUCCCGAUUUCUUGACGUCAAAUCCUCUCCCUGCUGGGUUUCCUUGGGGCAAUAGAAGUGGCUUGGAAAAUGACCCUUAUACAAACCUUCCCGAUACUGGCGUUACUCGCUACUACGACUUUACUGUAGCACGGAAAUGGCUUUCUCCAGAUGGAUACAAUAAGAGUAGCAUUGUCGUUAAUGGGGAAUUUCCUGGCCCCGCAAUCGAAGCAAACUGGGGGGAUUGGGUCGAAGUCCGCGUCCACAACCAGAUUACCGGACCUCCUGAAGGGACAGGGAUCCACUGGCAUGGAAUCUUACAACGAGGCUCCCCGUGGUACGAUGGUGUCCCUGGAAUAUCGCAAUGCCCCAUCGCACCCGGCUCUUCAUUCACGUAUCGAUUUCGUGCCGAUGUCUACGGCACAUCUUGGUGGCAUAGCCAUUUCUCGGCUCAGUACACUGCAGGUGUUUUUGGCCCACUCAUUAUAUAUGGACCAAAACAUGAACCUUACGACGUGGACGUUGGACCAAUUUUAUUAGGGGACCACUAUCACCGCGAGUAUUUUGACGUUGUUAAAGACGCAGCUGCGCCCACUGAAGAUUUCAACGUCUAUGUUCCCUGGAGCGAUAAUAAUCUGAUUAAUGGGAAGAAUCAAUAUAACUGCUCCAUGGCUGCUGAAAACGCUACUUGCCAUUCCAACGCUGGGCUUGCCCAGUUCCGCUUCCUCCCCGGAAAGACACACCGACUCCGCUUGAUGAAUGUAGGUGCUGCCGCCCUCCUGCACUUCAGUAUCGACAAACAUCGGAUGAAAGUUAUAGCACAUGACUUUGAGCCUGUCAUCCCAUAUGAGACAGAAUUCAUCACGCUUGGAGCCGCACAACGAACCGAUAUCCUUGUCACAGCCGAUGCCAAUCCAGACGAGACCUACUGGAUCCGCUCGACUAUUUCACUGAAUUGCUCAGUCACAAAUAACGCAAAUUCUUUUGCCGUGCUUUCCUACGAAGGUAACGAUCAGAUUGAGUUGCCCACGACUAAUAUAAGUAUCGCCGCCGCAGCCGCAAACGAGCAGGCCUUUCUUUGUCAAAACGACGAGCUCAAUAGGACGGUCCCCUAUUUUCCUCAUCCUGUUGAUGAACCGGACGUUGUGGAAACCAUUCAAGUGGACUUGUAUACAAACGCUACAGGUCACCACGUUUGGCACAUGAACAACCGCACUCAGCGAUCAAACUACCAUCGUCCACUAUUGCUAGAGGCUGCCCAAGGCAACACAACUAUCCCAGAUGAAUGGAAUGUAUACAAUUUUGGAUCUAAUCGGACUGUUCGCAUUGUAUUAAAUACGGUAUAUCAGUCCGCACACCCAAUGCAUCUGCAUGGCCACGCCUUUCAAGUUCUUGCACAAGGUCCCGGCGCCUGGGACGGCAAAACAAUAAUCAACCCUGACAAUCCUGCUCGACGCGAUACACAUAUGCAACCACGAUACGGGCAUCUCGUGAUUCAAUAUGAGGCCAACAACCCCGGUGCCUGGAGUUACCAUUGUCAUGUCGCGUGGCACGCAAGUAUGGGGUUGAACAUUGCCCUUUUGGAGGGCGGUGACGAGCUUCAAGAAAGCUUUCGCAGUGUGGACGCCAUCGUUCCGAAGGUGAUGCAGCAGACUUGCAAGGACUGGGAGUUGUGGACCCGGAAUAAUACCGUUGAUCAGAUUGAUGCGGGUAUCUAG